AUGCGUAACAGGGCUUGACAGAGCGCGGAGGAAAAAUCCGCGAGAAGGUGGUGGAAGAAGAUGGCGGUGCUGGGGCAGAGUUUGCAAUCUUUUUAAAUAGGCUAGUCGAGUGACUAUUCGGGUCAUGGCGUCAAACUCAACUAAGUCUUUCCUGGCAGAUGCCGGCUAUGGCGAACAGGAGCUGGAUGCUAACUCUGCCCUUAUGGAAUUAGACAAAGGUCUGAGAUCUGGCAAACUUGGUGAACAGUGUGAAGCAGUUGUUCGUUUUCCCAGACUCUUUCAGAAGUAUCCAUUUCCUAUUCUCAUCAAUUCUGCGUUCCUAAAGUUAGCAGAUGUUUUCAGAGUUGGAAACAAUUUCCUGAGGCUGUGUGUUCUUAAAGUUACUCAACAAAGUGAGAAGCAUUUGGAGAAGAUUCUGAAUGUGGAUGAAUUUGUGAAGAGAAUUUUCUCUGUGAUUCACAGUAAUGAUCCUGUAGCAAGAGCCAUCACACUCCGGAUGUUGGGAAGCCUGGCAUCAAUAAUUCCUGAGAGGAAGAAUGCUCAUCAUAGUAUUCGUCAGAGUCUGGACUCACAUGAUAACGUAGAAGUCGAAGCUGCUGUUUUUGCUGCUGCAAACUUCUCUGCACAGUCAAAGGAUUUUGCUGUAGGAAUCUGUAACAAAAUCAGUGAAAUGAUUCAAGGUUUAGCCACACCAGUGGACUUGAAACUGAAGUUAAUCCCCAUCCUCCAGCACAUGCACCAUGAUGCAAUCCUGGCAUCCAGCGCACGGCAGCUUUUACAGCAACUGGUCACAUCCUACCCCUCCACCAAAAUGGUGAUUGUUUCUUUGCACACCUUUACUCUGCUUGCAGCUUCAUCUUUGGUUGAUACACCUAAGCAGAUUCAGCUUCUAUUGCAGUAUUUGAAGAAUGACCCUAGGAAAGCAGUAAAGAGACUUGCUAUUCAAGAUCUGAAAUUACUUGCCAAUAAAACACCACACACUUGGAGUAGGGAAAACAUUCAGGCACUCUGUGAAUGUGCCCUCCAGACUCCUUAUGACAGCCUGAAACUCGGGAUGCUGUCUGUCCUUUCCACACUGUCAGGGACCAUUGCCAUCAAACAUUACUUCAGCAUAGCUUCAGGAAAUGUGGGUUCUUCCCCUAGAUCCUCUGACUUGGUCAGAUUAGCCCAAGAGUGCUGUUACCAUAAUAACAGGGGCAUUGCAGCUCAUGGAGUACGAGUCCUAACUAAUAUAACAGUCUCUUGUCAAGAAAAAGACCUUUCAGCACUGGAACAGGAUGCUGUCUUUGGCCUGGAAUCCCUUCUGGUACUUUGUAGUCAAGAUGAUAGUCCAGGUGCUCAAGCCACUUUAAAGAUUGCUCUAAAUUGUAUGGUGAAGUUGGCCAAGGGCAGGCCUCACCUUAGCCAGUCAGUGGUUGAGACCUUGUUGACCCAGCUGCACAGUGCUCAGGAUGCUGCACGGAUCCUGAUGUGCCAUUGCCUGGCGGCCAUUGCCAUGCAGCUGCCAGUGCUGGGCGAUGGCAUGCUUGGGGACCUCAUGGAGCUCUACAAGGUGAUCGGACGAUCAGCCACAGACAAACAACAAGAACUUCUGGUGAGUUUGGCCACUGUGAUUUUUGUGGCCAGUCAGAAAGCACUAUCUGCUGAAGUAAAGGCAGUAAUUAAACAGCAGCUUGAAAGUGUCUCCAAUGGAUGGACUGUGUACCGAAUUGCCAGACAGGCAUCCAGAAUGGGUAACCAUGACAUGGCCAGAGAGCUUUAUCAGAGUUUGCUGACUCAGGUUGCUUCAGAACAUUUCUACUUCUGGCUAAAUAGUCUGAAGGAGUUCUCACAUGCAGAACAGUGCCUCACCGGGUUGCAGGAGGAGAACUAUAGUUCAGCACUUUCUUGCAUUGCUGAGUCUUUAAAAUUCUACCACAAAGGGAUUGCUUCCUUAACAGCUGCCAGUACACCACUGAAUCCUUUAAGUUUUCAGUGUGAAUUUGUAAAACUCAGGAUUGACCUUCUACAAGCCUUCUCUCAACUUAUCUGUACUUGUAAUAGCCUCAAGACAAGCCCCCCACCUGCAAUUGCCACAACAAUUGCCAUGACCUUAGGGAAUGACCUUCAGAGGUGUGGUCGCAUCUCCAAUCAGAUGAAACAGUCCAUGGAAGAAUUCCGAAGCCUUGCUUCCCGAUAUGGGGAUCUUUAUCAGGCAUCUUUUGAUGCUGAUUCCGCAACAUUGAGGAAUGUGGAACUACAGCAGCAGAGCUGUUUACUGAUAUCUCAUGCAAUAGAAGCCCUGAUUUUGGAUCCAGAAUCAGCAAGUUUCCAGGAAUCUGGAUCUACUGGAGCUGCCCACGCUGACAGUGAAUAUGAGCGGAGAAUGAUGUCUGUAUACAAUCGCGUCUUGGAAGAAGUGGACUCACUCAAUCGGAAAUAUACCCCUGUUUCUUACAUGCAUACAGCAUGCCUCUGCAAUGCCAUCAUUUCCUUGCUGAAAGUUCCUCUUUCGUUUCAGAGAUAUUUUUUCCAGAAACUGCAAUCUACCAGCAUCAAGCUUGCUCUGUCGCCAUCGCCCCGGAACCCUGCCGAGCCCAUCGCUGUCCAGAAUAACCAGCAGCUGGCACUAAAGGUAGAGGGAGUGGUUCAACACGGAUCUAAGCCAGGACUCUUUCGCAAAAUUCAGUCCGUCUGUCUGAAUGUUUCUUCCACACUACAGAGUAAAUCCGGACAAGACUACAAGGCUGUGAACAUCCGAAGGGGAGAUUGGAAGUUCAUCUUUGCAUUCCUGGUGCCUGGCACAUAGAAGGCAGUCAAUCAAGUUUACUGACUUUAAGUAUUCAAAUGACCUAGCCAUGGUGCAGUUUCUGGCCCUGGGAGCUUAGCCACGGAGAACAGAUUGGGAACUCAAGAGCUAGUGCCCAGCCAGGGGGCACUUCCUGUUGUCAGUCCUCAACUCAAUAGAUCAACGGCCCAGGGGACCCUAAGCAGUGCCCUGCAGUCUCCGAUGGGAGCCGGACCUGGGCUCGGCACCUUUGUGACCAAGGUGAGGCUCUGUCAUCCCUGUCCCUGGGCUUCCGUGUCUCCAUCUGUCAUGUGGCUGUGGGUCUUAAUUAGAAAGCUCUUAGAGAUUCCUGAAAGGACUGUUAUUGUACAGCUGCACAAAGGAUAUUAUGUCACAGAGGUAUAAGAGCACGGCAAAUAAUGGAAGCCAGGAAUAAUAAGGGCACUUAUUCCCAGAGCACAUUGAUUUAAACCACAAAAGCUCCUUGGAACACGGCUUGAGAAUUAUAAAAGCCUGAGCAAUCAACAACCCCUGUGGGAGGGAAGCCCAUGCCAGGCAGUUGCUGGAGAGUUCAUUUGGCUGUUGUAGGCAGGCCAGUUUUGUCCCUCAGGUGUUCUCACUUUGGUGACAUUUCCCUGCUGUAGUGAGCCCAGCCUAUUUGCUGGGUUCUGGAGAGAAACAACCAUUUCUUCCACAACUCUUGCAUAAAGAUGCAAAGAAUUGGCCUUAGCACAGUUCAGUUGACUUUUCCUUCUAUCUAUGAUGAACAUGGGUCUCCAGAUAAUGGAAACUUCAUCACUGCUUCUGCUUCUAAAAUCUGCAUAGCAGCAAUACCAUCAGGUCACACCUUGACCCAGCCAUUGCUACCUCUGGUUGGCAACUUUGGACGACCACCCAGAUGCAGUAUAUCCGUGAAAAAUAAAGCUCCCUUAAGAAACAGGUCAUCCGACGUGCAAAAGUGUAUUCAAGCAUAGCUUUGACAGCAGAAUGGGCAGGACCUACAAAGAACGGUGGCUCUGACGGCAGAAAAAUUUUAAACUUCUGAAUGACAAAAAGCACCAAAACCCAAACUAUAAGAUAAAAAGAACAAAUUGUAGGGAAUAUAUUUGCAACAUUCAUAAUACACUAAUGACUACCAUCCUUAAUAUAUAAAGAUUUUUGGAAAAUCAUUAAGAAAAAUAACAGCAACCCAACAGAAAAAUGGGUUGAGGAUACAGAGACUUGACAAAAUAAAAAUUACAUAUGGCUAAUGAACAGCUUGUAAAAAUGUAAUAAUGAAAUAAAUGUAAUGAAAGAAAUGAGCUUUUAUUUUAUUUUUAAAGAUUUAUUUAUUUUAGAGAGAGAGAGAGCACGCAUGUGCGAGCACGAGUGGGGGAAGGGGCAGAGGGAGAGAAUCUUCAAGCAGACUCCCUGCUGAGCACAGAGCCCGACUUGAGGCUUGAUCUCACAACCCAUGAGCUUGCGACCUAAGCCAAAACCAAGAGCUGGGUGCUUAGCCGACUGAGCCACCCAGGUGACCCAAGAAAUGUGAUUUUAAACAAUAAUAUUUAAUUUUUUUACCUAUUAGAUUGGCAAAAAUUUUUGUUUUUAGUGAUAUGGUGAAUUAACAUUUAACAUUACCUGGUAAAGCUAACUAUAAUUAUAUUCUAUGAUCCUGAAAUUCCAUUCCUAAUCUCUCCUCCACAGCUUUUGCAUCUGGGCAUAAGAAGACACACAUGAGAAUGUUUAUAACAUCCUUAUUUGUAAUAUCAAACACUGGAAGGGAACCCAAAUAUCCAUCAAUAGAUGGAUAUAUAAAUUAUGAUAUAUUCACAAUAGAACACUAUACAAUGCUAACAACAAAUGAUUACAGCUGCAUGCAGCAACACGCAUGAAGUUGAGUGUAAAAAGUUAGUCACUCUGGGGGCGCCUGGGUGGCUCAGUCAGUACAGCAUGUGACUCUUGAUCUCGGGAUUGUAAGUUCGAGCCCCACAUUGGUAUAGAGAUUACUUAAAAAUAAAAUCUUAAAAAAAAAAAUAGGGGCACCUGGAUGACUCAGUUAAGCAUCCCACCUUUAAUUUGGGCUCAGGUCAUGAUCUCAGGGUUGUGAGAUGGAGCCCCACAUCAGGCUCUGCGCUGGGCAUGGAGCCUGCUUAAGAUUCUCUCUCUCCCUCUCCCUCUGCCCAUAUUCCACCCUCUCUCUCUCCCACCCCCCAAAAAUAAUAAUAAUAAAAAAUAAAGUUAGUCACUCUGAUUUCAUUUAUAUAAAUUUUAUGGUGUUCCAAGCAGAAUAUGGGUUCCUUUUGGAAGGACAUAGUAACUGGAUGGGGGCUGAGAGUCCUUUCUGUGCUGCUAAAAAUGUUGUGUGUUCAUUCUGAGAAAAUUCAUCAGAUUAAACAUUUAUGAUACAUGUACUUUUUU